CAUUCAUCAACUGCUCUACAAACUCUACAAUCUAAUCAAGUACUAGGGCUUUCUCAGUCAAAAACUCCAUACAUUUUUCGUUUCUCUCUCCUCUUCAUCUUCCUCUUCCUGGUGCUCGAAUUGCAGGAGCUCGUUCCAGAUGUCAAUUGGCUCUUGGGUUUGCACUUGUAGUACCACUCCACGCCUCCACUACACACAUCAGAUAUCUCUAAUUGAUACACCCUCUCAACAAUGCAAGAUACCCUCAAUUUCCGCACCACCACUGGAAAACCACUCACUCCUCCAUCCAACCCCACUUUCCCUCUAAAACCCCCCAACUUCCCCUCCUUCUCCCACCGCAAAACCGCCACCAAAUUCCUUUCCUCCAAAACCACCACCAUCCCCCCACUCAAACCCUCCCAAACCCCCCCUAAAAACAACCUAAUCCCCACUUCCCCUGACCCAGAAUUCCAAGCAAAAUUUCUCUUCCUAGACUCCAUCGGCUUAGACUCUCUCUCUCUCCUCCCUCCUUCUGCCAUUGCUGCUGCCCCAUCUCUCUCCGACCUCAAAUCCUCGUUUGAUUACCUCACCUCCCUUGGCUUCUCCCCUCCCCAGCUACGGCGUAUCUUCACAAUGUGUCCUGAAAUCCUCUCGCUCCGCUUCCACGACACGGCCCCGGUUUUCGCUUUCCUCCUCCGAGAAGUUAAAGUCCCAGCCUCCGACCUCCCCCGUGUGAUCUGCAGCCGGCCCCGUCUCCUCGUAUCGGAUGUCGAAACCCGACUUCGACCCACAUUAUAUUUUCUUCAGAGCAUUGGGAUUCAUGAAGUAAACAGGCAUACCAACUUACUUUCAGCUUCUGUUGAGGAUAAAUACAUGCCCAAAAUUCACUACUUUGAGAAACUGGGUUUUGCAUACCAUGAUUGUGUUUCUAUGUUUAGGAGAUUUCCUCCAUUGUUUUGUUAUAGUGUUAAGGAGAAUUUCGAGCCGAAAUUUAAUUACUUUGUGGUGGAAAUGGGAAGGGAUUUGAAGGAGUUGAAGGCCUUUCCUCAGUAUUUUUCUUUUAGUUUAGAGAAGAGGAUUAAACCUAGGCAUCAAACUUGUGUAGAAACUGGGGUCUGUUUCCCUCUUCCUCUUAUGUUGAAGAUGAAGGAGAAUGAAUUUAGAAAGAGAUUGGAUGUUUGUUGUAAUUCUUCUAUGCCUAAGAGCAAUUCCCCUUUGUGGGUCUAUUAAUGAUUUCUCAAUUGUAUUUGUUAAUACAAUGUAGAGUUGUAGACCUCUCAAUUGCUUUUAUUGUUGUGUGAAUAUAUGAAAAUUUGUAGAUUAUCUACAGUAA